UAGUUAAGUCCUCUCGCAACGGCAUACGGAAUGACUUUAACCUGAUCCAAUAACAAUUUUUAUACACUGCCGCCUAAUGCGCCUGACAAAAUAUCAGUGACGUCCGCGCAUGCGCCAUGACGAUGUCCUCCAGGAAUCAAUAUCAUCCGCCGACGUCCAGGCUCACGGGCUGGUCGAUCAGCUACGCUAUAACAACAGACGCAACAGUUACCCCAGUUUCAGUUUGUACGUAAAGAUAGUUAAGGGAGCAAAGAAAAAAAAAUGUAAAAUUUUUUUCAUAAGAGACCCUAAAGUUUUUGGAAUCUGAUCCUAACUGAGCCAACUCGACUGAAGUCGUAUAAGAGUGUUGACCCGCGAGAACAACAGGUGUUUUCGUCGUCAACAGUGAUAACGCGCUGGUCGACUCCACGUAAUGGAUACACAUACAUAAUAAUGUUGGCUGGGUACGAGAGCCUGUAAAUCACCUGGACCAGACGGAGAGGAUUAAUCUGCGGGAAGGAUGUAAAGCGAUAUGGCGAAUCCAAAGUGGUGCGUCGUCCAGGAUCCUGGGAACGUGGUCGCUCAUCCUUUGAUCAAGAUGACCGAUCGACUAUCGCUUGGUAUCAAUUUGAGUAUCUUUCUGAUACUAACGAUAUUCGCCACUCUGCUUUUCCUACCGUUACGCUUGCUACUCGAUACGAAUUACGAGACCCGUCAGGAUGACGUGGUUAUGCCAGAGUCCGUCGUCGAGCCUCGUCCUAGUGAACCUGAGGAGAUCAUGAUUGAUUUUCGUGCACUUCGGAUUUGUCCGGGCUACCGGUAUUCGCUUCUGAUUAAGUCUAUCUACCUCAGUGAUUACGAUGGGAACUGUACCUUUUUCAUAGAGAAAGACGUGGUCGUCGAAGAGAGGAUCGCACCGGAGGAGGAUCUGGAUACGGCUGUCGUUCCUCUGCAGGAAGUGGAGGAGAGUGCAGGGGUCGUUGUUGAAAAAAUCGAGGGACGUGAUCAAGGUAAAAACAGCCGGACCAAAUCCAUCUCCAUGGCAGGACACAUCCUGGCAGCCAUGCUCACCGUAUCGUCCAUCGUCGCACUCGUGGAGGUCCUCCGGAUUCGUUUCGGCAAGCCUGAGGGACCGUCCGCUUGCGGUAACGUCGCUUCCAGAAAAGGAUCUCUUGUUGAUUAUUCUCAAAGGCGAUAUACUCACGUGAAGAUGCAACCUCAGAGAUCCUUUGAGAAACAAGGGAUUUAUACCGAGGCUAGGGUGCAGGGUCUACGUCUUCUUGGAGCGAAACCGCCGCCAUUGAUACGACGCUCUUCUUUUCCCACUCAGCUCGCUAGGAAGUCCAUCGUCAUCCCAGGCGGCGGGACGCCCCUGAGUCGCACCAUGUCGCGACGACAAUCCGUCGAUUCCGAGGACGAGAUUGGUGUUCUCAACACUCCUCUUCAUCAUCGCACUCGUCUUAUUCGACGCCAUUAAGCACGCCCUGCUUCUCUCAGGCCGAUUCUGUAAACGUGAACUACCGCCACGUCGAUUUCCGACUUAUUAAAUACUUCGCUUACAGAUAUAUUUAUACUUCUCGUAUGCACCGAUGGAGCUGACGGAGUACACAAACUACACGGAUUUAUUAGUAUUUAUUAUAUUUCUAAUCUUCUUUUCUGAUUCGUCCGUGUAUGCCCGCCAUUUUAUCAAGCAGUUAUUCAAUGAUUGUUAUUAUUGAUUGUAAAGCUGUUUUUCUUGACGUGUUCUACAACGAAGGAGAUUUUUAUGCUGUUUUUAAAUUCUUUGAACUUUAAGAAUCAAACACAUUUUUUGAGGUUAUAUCUACUCAUUCUUGUAGCUGAACCAUAGACUUAAUACACGUUCCUGAUUCAAGAGGCUUUUGAAGAACAUGAACUCGGCUGAAUUUCGAAAAUACUUUUCUGCAUAAGUGAAAAUUUGUGCCGUCUUGCCGAGAGACAAGAAAUGGCGAAGUCUUCGAAUUGUACAAGAGCCAAUAACCAUCUUUGAAAAUUCGGCUCUUCUAGGUGUUUCAUUUUUGGUUUAAGCUUCCUCCUCGAGGCUGACUAUCAACGAGAAUGAAAAAGAGGAUUACGAAUUUUCGCAAAACUACGAGGUAGAAAAUUUUAGUAAUAUUUUCGUAACGCUUAAUGACUGAUAUUCAACUACGAUGUAUCAGAGUAGUCACGGUGAAAUUUCUAAAGAUCGUAUCGCCUUGUGAUUUUUAUCAUUCUACAUGUGAUAUUCGUAUUGUGAAACGAAAUCGAAAUAUACGAACAGAUGUCAAUGUUAAUCGUA